ACCGGACAGUAUGGCUGCACCGGGCCCACUAGCGGUGAUACUCAGGAUGCUGGGCCUCGUGUAAACAAACAGUAACGUGGCCACCUGUGUGGAGAGAGCGACCUCCUGUGGAUCAAACUGGAACUGCAGGGUUUAUCUCCGACCUCGUCUGCGGCUAUCUGUUGCUAAUAGCAACAGACUCCAAACAAACAGAAAAGGCAAAGGAAAAACCCUCUGAACAGGCCUGAACUCGAGCAACAAAUUUUGGCACGCUAGAGUUUCUCUCUUAAAAAGUUAAAAUGAGCUCUCCUUUAUCUAUGCUGAAGAAAACGAGACGCACUCUGCUGCAGGACCCUUUUAAUGAGCAGUGGAAUAAACAAAAAGUGCUUUUCCGGAAGGAUCUGCUGCAAGAAUGUCAGGCAGUACAGGUUGCUGAUGACUCUCCUGAUUCACAUCCUCUGCAUUCUUCACACAAUCUUUCAAACGAUGUCUCCACCUCAAAAUCCAAAGCUUCAUUACAGCAGGGUCCUCCUCCAAGCGAUGUUGGGCUCAUGUCUGCCAUGAUGCAACGAGUGACUCUGCUAGAGCAAACAGUGAAGAGCCAAUCACAGAAGAUAGAGCACAAAGAAAAGAAGUUAGCAGUAUUAGAGGCAAGGCUGAAGGCAUACGAAGAAUCAGUAAAUGCACAUUGUCAGAGUGACAGAGAUGAGCUUGAAAGAAGAUGCGAAAAAAUGCAAAAACAAGUGGAUAAAAUGGAGGACUUGCUGAGUGACUAUGAUCUGAUCUGGGUGAGAGAUGGAGUAAACGGUGAUUCAGAUAAAAGUGAGCAGACAGAGAGCUCACACUUCUGGCCGUCAGGCGCUUCCGCUAGCAGGAACUUCCAUAUGAACUUUGACCUUGUGCUGCAAAGGAUCAACGAGCUGAAUGUCCUUGCAGGGGAAGGAGAGUCUUAUGUGCAAACAACAGCAACAGGAGCAAAGCUUUCCACAAAGGCUCCCAUUCAACUGAGGCUCUACAGCAAUGGCAUUGUCAUGUUUGAUGGUCCUUUCCGCUCUUAUCAGGAGGAAAGUACCCAGAUGUGCAUACAAGACUUAAUGGAUGGCUACUUUCCAUCUGAGCUUCUUGAAAGAUUUCCGGAUGGUAAACCUUUUGAGGUACAUGACAUGCGACAUCAGGAGUAUCCUGCCAAGCUGCCAUGGGACACAUUUCCUGGUGAAGGACAGACUGUUUGUGGGAAGAAAUUUAAAUCUACAAAUGCAGUUAGCUCUCAGCCAUCAGAUAAAAAGCUGUCCACGGAUCUGUUUCUGAGCAAGUUCCCAAAGUUUGUAGUUAAGGCGGGUCAGGUGAUUGACAUCAGGGACUCAAUGAGGACAAGGCUGCAGGGUUCAUCUGAUCCCCAAAGCAGCUCAGUGAUAACCAUAGACACACCACUACCGCAAGCUGUAAUGGACAGAAGUCUGGCGUCAAGUUCCAACAGUCCUCAAUCAGCCCAAGCUGCCAUCACACUCAAGGUGAAGUCAGAAGAUGGGAGUCAUACUUAUGUGGUGAAAAUGUGUCUCUCAGAAACAGUUGGUCACCUGCGGAGCUAUUUGGAUAAACACAGAGGGGCUGUUGUGCCAGAUUAUGACAUCAUCAGUGCACAUCCACAGUGCUGCUUCGAUGACGAUGGCCUGACGCUCCAAUCAUAUGGACUCUCAACAAAUGCUACUCUCCUGAUGCGAAAGAAGCAAAAGUGAUUCUCUGGCUGAAGUCAGUAAUAAACAUACUUAAGUUUAUAUGCAAGUCCUUUUUUUCCCUCAGCAUUUUGUACAGGACAUUCCCGAUUAAGACAGGAAAGGAACAUAUUUUUAACAUUGGUGGUGUUGUGUUUGAGAGCCCCAGGCAGGCAUGGCAAUGACAUGACAAGCCAGCAGCAUUUUAUAACUAAAAUAACAGUAGUCUGUCCAUUUUUACCAAGUAUCAUGGCUGACUGCUUCAAGUAAAAUUCGUCCAUGUCUAGCUAUUAAAAGCUGUUGCUUUUCUGCAUGUGCAGGAGAGAAAAAGUGCAAUUGAAGAAAAAUAAAUAAGGUAAUCAA